CCUUCUCUCUCCCUGAAAAAAAUGGAUAAAAAACCUUGCAACUCUCAAGAUGUUGAAAUAAGGAAGGGACCUUGGACUAUGGAAGAGGAUUUGAUUCUCAUAAACUACAUUGCAAAUCAUGGUGAAGGUGUUUGGAACUCUCUAGCUCGAUCUGCUGGUCUGAAGCGUACCGGGAAGAGUUGCCGGCUCCGGUGGCUAAACUACCUCCGGCCAGACGUCCGGCGGGGGAAUAUUACGCCGGAGGAACAACUCCUGAUUAUGGAAUUGCAUGCUAAGUGGGGAAAUAGGUGGUCGAAAAUUGCGAAACAUUUGCCGGGGAGAACAGAUAACGAGAUAAAGAACUACUGGAGGACUAGGAUCCAGAAGCAUAUGAAGCCGCAGGCGGCCGGAGGAGAAAACGCGGCGACAAGGCAGAGCAGUUCCAGCUGCUGCGGCGGCGAGCAAGCGAGCACAAGCCAAGCGUCGGCGCCCGACACGGUGGAAACCUAUUCUCCCACCUCGUACGCCAGUAACAACAACAACAACAACAUGGACGCCACCUUUCAGCAGGGCCCUUUCGCCACUGAAUCAAACGACAACAUGUGGAGCAUGGAAGACCUCUGGUCCAUGCAUUUGCUUAACGCAGAUUAAACCUUAAUUAGCUACCCAGGAUGCCAAUAUCCUAGCUAAUUAAAUUAAACCCUAUCUACCAUAAUCAUUCCGGCCGCCUGGCCGGCCGGCCGGCCGGCAUAUUCCCCCGCCGCUACUGCAUGCAUGUAGUACGUAGUUUAUAUAUAUUAUAUUAUACAUAUAUGUUUAAAAUUCUGCAUUAUUCAUAAGUAAUGACGACUACUGUGUAAUAUACGAUGAUAAUCGUACACCUCUGUUUAUAUACUAAAUCCAAGUCUACUUAUAUUGUGUUAA